UUUGGUCAGAUAAACCUCCCCUUGCACUUCUGCCACUGCGUCUGUUUGUUCUUUUCUCUAGGCUAACGGAAUCACCGGACCUGUCCUUUUGGAGUGCGCAAUUAAAUUUGGGAUUUUCACCUUUCCUCUCUGAAUUGGAAAAGUUUACAUCAGUUUUCUGUUCAGCUUCAAAGCAUGGGGCGACCCUGUAGCCGCGAGCUGGCGCUCCUGCCGCUGCUGGGAUACUUGGCUUACUUAACAGUCGGUCACACUCGCGCGGACGUCUCUUCGCUAGGACAGGUAUUCUUAUUGGAGUUACAAACUGUUUCAAAAGGCGGACAGGAUGCUGGAUUUGAGGCAGCAACAAAUGCCUGUAUUGCUCAAGGGGCCCAGGUGGCAUCUGGGGCCGACGUGCAUCAUGCAGUGUUGGAAUGUGCUUUCUCAGCCUGCUCGCGUGGUUGGCUCUCUGGACCAAGCAUUGGGACCACAGUGUGCAGAGAUGUCUUGGGGAGUUUGAGGCCAGUUGACGUGCAGCUGGAGAAUGUAACCGGGGACAUUGAGAGGCUGGGCGUGUUCUGUGUGAAAGAUAGCGAUGCUCCAUGUGGACAGCCACCUUCAUUCCCAAAUUCGCAUCUGCAGGGGAAAACUGGACUAGACCUGGGGGAUGAACUCCUGUAUGCCUGUAACCCAGGAUACAAACUCCCCAAUACAGAGACAGCCUUCAGCCUGCUUUGUGAUAGCUGUGGAGAAUGGUAUGGCCUGGUACAGCAUUGUGUCAAAGAUGAUCCUGAAAGCCACAUCGACUAUGACGAUAAGUUCACAGAUGGCCAUCUCCUUCAGAAUCCAGGGGAAGUGCAUCAUGUUUCUUUGAUUCCAGGAGGAGCAGAGACCACAGAUGAUGAAGAAGAGCAAGUCACUCCUGAACCAGAGCAUGAGCGGACAGCCAUGUCAGAGGAGGACGAGAAUGAAGAUGAUUCUACAGUAUCAGUGACUGAACCUCCAGUGUCUCAACUCAGUCAGAAGCAUAUGUUCUGGUUCCCUUCAGAGGCCUUUCAGGACGAGAAAGAGCCUCCAGUUAUCACCACAGAUUCUUCUGUUAAAAGCCCCACAGAAGACCAGAAUCACAGCCAACUGAAGCCUGACAUCAUCACAGAAGAACAUGAACCUACCCCUGACCCUGAUUAUGACCAUGCGACAGAUCCUCCCACUAAUUUGCCUGUCAGUCCCAGUGUUGGCAGCACGGAAGACUCCUGGCUUGAUGGAUAUCCUGUUCACCAGGUGGAAGAUAAAACUGGCGGCGAGUCAACGGGGGAGGCAGGACCAGAACAUGGAGUGGAUACGGACCCUUCAGAAGUGGAGGUGUUAGAGGAUGCAACUAAAAGCCCAGUGGAAGAGUAUAUUGGGGGUUUGAUUGACCACUCGGAGGAGGAAGACAUUGAAGGAGUUGUCAACAAUCACAAGGACACAAAGUAUAAAGACAAGAUCCACAGGAAAGGAGAGGAAGAUGAGCUUAGCAGAGGGACAACCAGACUUGAACAGGAGGAAUCCAUUGGAGUAAAAGAGGAUAUAGUGGUAACACAUGAUGGAGAAGCCACAGAGAAGGAUGAAAUGGGGAAAGAGACAUCCGUACCAGAGGUAAUGGAGUCUGAAGGAGAGAUUGAUGGAUCCGAAGAGUUGGGAUUUGACAGUGUUACUAAAAGCUCAAAUGCUGUGGAGAUGGAUCCCACAAUGUUUGUCAGUGUUACUCAGAUGACAACAAGUGCAGACGAUAUUGAUAUACACAAGCAACCCAUGGUGUACACACCAGCGUCCGCUUCAGAGAAUGUGAGCACCAGCCAAGAUGGUUUAGAACCUGAAUACACAACUACACCUUCGGGUAUGGUAUUUCUCGACGUUACACCUGGUUUCUCUGAUGAUCUCAUCACCAAAGCCACACCCAUUAUUGACGUUUCUUGGGAAACUAUUGACAAUGGUCACAUUCAGGAGCUUGACCCUGAAAAUUACACGACAGAAAUCCCUGAAAAGAGUGAGAUAGAAAGAGGUGGUGAUCACAGCCUGGAUCAACAAGAGCGGGCUGGGGAGGGUACUUGUGCAGAAGGCCUCUGCCAUGUAUCUGGUCGUGGACCGAUGAUUGCCGCCAUUAUUGUUGGUGUAGUAGCAGCAUUGGUAGGCGUGGUCUUGGGAGUGUGGUGCUACAAAAAGAGGCUACAAAAGAGCUCCCACUACCAACUCAAUGGAACUAACAGUCAAGCACAGUGCAUUGAAUUACAACAGACUGUGUGAUGGCCAUGCACAUCCUCACAAAUCCACACAGCUUACACAAACAUCAAUACAAAGCCAUUAAUGUGUGAACAUUACAGUCUACACUAACACAAAAAGUGUCCCUCCGUUCAAAUCUCCUUCACCACACAAAUUCUGUUGGAUAGGAUUGUGUAGUACUUAUUUUAGAUAAUGUUUCUGUUUUGUUUUUUUCUUUUUCUCUUUUCAUUGUAUUUUCAUUGUAUUGUGUUGACUAUAAUUGACACUUCAUAAUCUUUCAAUUUGGUGUCAUGGAUCUAAAUGUCUUCUGUUAUUUUGGAUGGACUACAUUGGACUGUGGGUCAUUGCAUUUGCAUGCAUAGUGCCCAUAUGUCCUUGUUAACAGAUUAUGUGUAUGUGUGUUUAUAGCUUUGUCCAUUAGUGACUGAGUGUGCGUAAGGAGUGUGUGUGUGUGAUUGUGACUUUGUCUACACGUAUGUAAGAGACUGAAAGAGAGGGAACGAGUGAAAAAGCGAGUGUGGUUGAACUUAGCUUUCUGUGCAUGUGCAUAUUGAAAGUUUCUAACUCUCACAGACAGCUGAGACAUUCUGUUCAGAGGAGCUGAGGGUGAAUUCUGAUUGGCCUUCAGCACAUAUAUGCCUAGCAAUUGCAGAAUAAAUAGCUUUUUCAUCCCUAAAUUUAGAAUACAAUGAGCAUUUGUUCAGUUUAAGCCUUUUUCCUAUAAAUAAGUCCAGUUUCUUGUGGUUGGGCUCAGGACUCUAUUGAAAGAAUUUAACUCACAGACAGGUGAGACAUUUUGGUCAGAGGAACUGUGGGUGGAUUCUGAUUAGCUUUCAACAUAUAUAGAGCUUGUAUAAUGAAUAGCUGUCACCCACCAGUUUAGAAUACCAUGAGCAUAUGUUCAAUUUCUUCAAAGUCUAUAUCAACACUAAUCCGUUUUUGUUUGAAAAUGCAUUGAUUUUGCUAUAUGUUUACACCUCUCAUCCACACUGAAACAGGGUUAUCCUCCACUAAAAACUGAGACUUUCAAAAACUCUCUCUAAUACCGCAUACUUUGCCAAACGAUGACAUUAGGCAACAUUUCAAAAUUAAACGAAUUGUGGACAAGGCCUAAAAGUUCAUGAAAGCAUUGAAGUAUAUUUAGAUUUAAGGAACCAUUAGUAAAAGUCAUAAAUUAAUAUUUAUAUGUCUUAAAGCCAGUAUUACACUCCUCACUUAGGUAUAAAAUAAAAAAUAUUAAAUAAUUAAUUAUUAUACUUUUCCCCAAUUGUGCCAUUGAUGUUUAAAUAACAAAAAAAGAACAAAAUAUUUUUGCCCCUCAAGGUAAUGAUUAACUCAAACUAAAUUUGUGUUUAUAAAGGGAUAUUUGUAUCAGAUGUUUAUUACAAAGGAUUUCUUAGACAUUUUAAAACAAGUUAAUUAAAACAAAACAGAAAUCACAUAAUGCGUUAAAACAAUUGUCAGUGUUUAAUUAAAGCUGUAAUCAAUUAUGUUAUUUGAUUUCCCAUACAUUUCAAUUGUGAUAUUAGUUAAUAAAAGAUCUAGUGAAGCUAGAUUAGUAAGGCUAUUUUUUCAACAUGCUGAUAGUAACAAAGUAAUAAAUUGUUGUUUAAUUUGAUUAUAAAUUAGUAAGUAAAUUAAGAGUGGAGUAACAGGUUUAACUUUUGUUUUGCAGAGUAAUUUUUCAAUACAUUAAAGAUCAGCUGAUGUACACAAAAUUAACUUGAUCUAACUGUUAUGGUAUGUUUGAAGGUUGUUUGUUAUGUAAGAUGCAUAAAUUAUAUAUAUAUAUAUAUUUCCAGAACUGUGCAGCUGAUGUUAUAUUAGCUUUGUUCUUAUUGUAGAAUAGGCCUAUACACGCUGACUGUGUUAUCUGAAAUAACUCUCUGUUUAAUUGAGAGGUUAGUAUGGUCUCAUUUACUUCAGAUCAGAUACAGAUCAAAACAGAAUAUAGGACAUUAUUUAAUGCCAUUGCAAAUUUCUGGUGUCUAAUUUCUAUUAGAUUUAAUGCAAAGUAUUGUGAACUAUUAAAAGUUUAGAUUAAAAAAAAAAUCUGUUUCACUGGGCUCUUGUGCUGGUCAACGCAUUAAGGCAAUUUUGAUCGUUUAUAAGCUUUGUAAGGACAAAAACCUAGGAAAGACUGGCCCAAAUGAAUGCUUAAUAGAUAAGUACCAAAUAGAUACUUCAUAACCAUUUUAGGGCACUUGUGGCAAUUGGAACUCAAAAUUGUAUUUGUACUGAAAAUAGUUUCAAAGUUGUUUUUCUGAAUUGUUAAUGAUGUAUUGUUAGAUUGUUGAUUGAGUUGUCUCUGAAUAGAGUUCUUGAGUGAAUGAGUGAAAUUUUGUAAUCUUUUCAUCUGUGAUUUGUUUAUUUGCAAUAGAAGUCAAAACUGCUUGUUAAUAUCUCCCAUUACACAGUAACAAUGUCAGUUAAAUGUGACAUGAGGGUAUCUGAAUAAAUAUAGCUGUGGAAAACUAACUGAACCUUAACAAAUAAAUUACUUU